AUGGUCUAUCACUCAAAUUUCAAUACUGAUGCUGGUUAUCGUUCAAUCGGUAACUACCCAAUCUUACCAUUGAAGACCACCCACAAGGGUCCAGCUCCAAAGGCUGAUCCAAACUCUCAAGAUAUUAUUGAUGAAGCAUUGGAACUUUUCAAGGCCAACAUUUUAUUCCGUAAUUUUGAGGUUCAAGGUAAUGGUGAUCGUGUUUUGAUCUAUUUGACUUUGUAUAUUACCAAGUGUCUCUUGAAGAUCGCCACCUGCAACAAGGCCGACGCCGAGAAGCAAUUGUUCACCAUGGCACAAGAGCAAUUCACUGUUCCAGGUGACUCUGCUUUCCCACUCGGUGGUAUGAUCACCAUCCCAAGCACCCGUGAUGCCACCGACGGUAUCCGUCAAUCACUCACUCAGCUUCGUUUAGAGUUAGGUGUUCGUCUCGUCCAAAGAGUCUACGCCACCGAUCCAGCUCGUCCAAACAAAUGGUGGAUAAGAAUUAAUAUUUUAGUUUUAUUUGGUGGGUAUAUGUCAAAUCCAUCAACACCUUUAAAAAGAAAAAAGACUGAAGAGAUCAUCAAGAAUGGCAAUGGUGAUCAUCCAGUUGCUACCAACGCCUACAGAGAGUUGAAGAGAGUGAAUACAGUGAACUACGCCUAUCAGGAAUCGAAUGGACAUUUGAAACCACUUAAUGGAUUCGUUACACCACUGCUCACCGAUAUGUAUCAGAUAACAAUGGCUUACAGUCUCUGGAAGAAUCAACGUCACAACAUUCAUACGGUGUUCGAUCUUUACUUUAGAAAGAAUCCAUUCCGUGGUGAGUUUACUGUUUUCGCUGGUUUGGAAGAGGUCAUUCGUUUCGUAUCGGAUUUCCACUUUAACGACGACGAAGUAGAGCACAUCAGAUCUCUGAUUCCAGAUUGCGAUCAAGGUUUCAUCGACUACCUGAAGACUCUCACCUCGAAGGACGUCACUAUCUAUGCUCUCAAGGAAGGAUCCGUUGUCUUUCCACGUAUUCCACUGAUUAGAAUUGAGGGACCACUCGCCGUAUGCCAACUCUUUGAAACUACUCUACUGAAUCUUGUUAAUUUCGCUAGUUUGGUUGCUACCAACGCUGCAAGACACAAGCUGGCAGUUGGAAAAGAUAGAGUUAUGUUGGAGUUUGGUUUGCGUCGUGCACAAGGACCUGACGGUGCCAUGUCUGCCUCGCGAUACUCCUACCUUGGUGGUGCCGACGGUACUUCCAAUGUUCUUGCACAUUGUUUCUUUAGCAUUCCAGUCAAGGGUACACAUGCACACAGUUUCGUUACCUCUUACAACAGUGUAUCAGAUUUAGUUGACAAGACACUCGUUGGUAAAGAUGGUAAAACAUAUAAUCUAUUUGAUUUGGCAUUGAAGUAUAGAAAAGAAAUGGGAUGGACAAUCACAAACGAGAGUGAAUUGGUUGCUUUCACAGCAUAUGCUAGAACAUUCCCCAAUGGAUUCCUUGCUUUGGUAGAUACCUAUGAUACUCUCAACUCUGGUGUACCCAACUACUUGUGUCUUGCACUGGCACUUAAUGAAAUCGGUUAUAAAGCAGUUGGUAUUAGAUUAGAUAGUGGUGAUUUAUCAUAUCUCUCCAAAGAGAGCAGAAAGAUGUUCAAGACGGUCGGUGAAAAGUAUAACAUUGACUACUUUAAUAAAUUCCAAAUCGUUGCUAGUAACGAUUUAAAUGAGAGUACUAUUCACGAUCUCAAUAGACAGGGUCACGAGAUCGAUGUGUUUGCCAUCGGUACCAACCUUGUCACCUGUCAAGCUCAGCCAGCACUUGGUUGUGUGUUCAAGUUGGUAGAGAUCGACGGUCAUCCAAGAAUCAAGCUAUCUCAAGAAACAAACAAAGUAACACUUCCCGGUAGAAAGACAGCAUACCGUCUCUUUGGUGAAGCCGGUCACCCAUUGGUAGAUCUGUUGCUGCUCACACCGACCAACGCCUCUAGCAGUCCAGAUGAAAUACCAAAGGCUGGUGAUAAAGUGCUUUGUUUGCAUCCAUUCGAAGAGCAGAAGCGUGUCAUUGUAACACCAAAAGCGGUAGAGGAACUUCACAUCAAAGUAUUUGACAAAGGUCAAGUCAUGACCAACCCACUUCCAAGCUUAGAGGAAGUACGUGCUUUUUGUCUCUCUGAGAUUCAACGUAUUCGUGAGGAUCAUCUUCGUGCUAGCAAUCCAACACCCUACAAAGUCAGUAUUACAAAGAAACUCUAUGAUUCAUUACAUAGUCUAUGGUUAGAAUCUGUACCAAUCAGAGAAAUGAAAUAA